CGUUUGUUCAGUUUGUUGACGCUAAGCGCAGCGAGCGGUUGAAAUUUCAGUUACUGGACGGGCGGCAAUGUGACAGCUUAAUUAUUGAGCUAAAAUAGUUUGAGACGAGCGCAGUCGGAUCAGAGCAGAACCUAAUAGUAGAAUUGCCAUAAAAUGGGCAAUGUGCAAACGCGUCAAUUCGAGUCUCGCAAUGCGACAAAUAGACGAAGUAGCAUUCUUUGGAACUUCCGUUAUCCCAAUGCGACAAGGCGGCGCGACGAUGUCGCCAUGAUAAUACACAACUCCAGGCUGAGCAUUGACGAAUGGCUAAAUCUGCUGGAUCUGCAGCAAUAUGAAGACAACCUGAAAGCAUAUGCCACGGUCGAUGACGUUGGAGACAUUAACGAUCGAGAUCUGAAGCGUUUGGGCAUCCGUAGUAUAACCCAUCGCCAGAAAAUGCUCAACAGUUUGUUGGGCGUGCGUGCCAAGCGACGGCAAUCGAUGAAUCUGGAAGCAAUGCGUAGUGCGCCCUGUUCGGUGCCGCGACGCAAGGGCUCCUGUCCGAUGGUUUAUCUAGAUGCAAAUUCAAGUGAUCUGACGGACAGCAACGAUAGCGGCGCUGCAGCUGUGAUUACCACCAAAAGUGGCAAGGUCUUAAAGCAAUUGACUUUCGAUGAAACUACAACAAUCUAUGAAGAAUUGAAACCGCGCUCCAAGUGCAACAGUCCGCAUUGGGGCAACAACGCCGACGACAUGGAAAGCGGCAACAACAGCCACGCAUCGACGCCAAUUGCCGCCUCGCCCAAUGCCAACGAGCAACAGGAGGCCAUCGCACUGAAAAAGGCCCUCGAAUGGGAGCUGAGUCUGGAUGCACGGGAAUUGCGCUCGCAUGCCUGGUACCAUGGUGCACUGCCACGCCAGCGGGCCGAGGAAAUUGUUCAGCGAGAUGGUGAUUUUCUGGUGCGGGAUUGCGCCUCCCAGCCGGAUAACUAUGUCCUCACCUGCAGCAGCAAAUCAGCUGUCCUGCAUUUUGUGCUCAAUAAGCUGGUUCUGCAGCCGGAGACUGUCUAUGAGCGUGUGCAGUAUCAGUUCGAGGAGGAUGCCUUUGAUACGGUGCCAGAUCUAAUUACGUUCUAUGUGGGCUCGGGCAAGCCGAUUUCUGCUGCAUCGGGUGCUCUCAUCCAAUACCCAUGCAAUCGCACAUAUCCACUCUCAUUCUAUGGCCACAAGAUCGUGGGCAAUCAGUUGCAUACACAGAUGCUGGCCGGACUACGUGGCCUGAGUCCACUGAACUCGCCCAUGGGCAGCAGCACUACAGGUGGUGGCUCCACCAUCUUUCGCUUUGGCCAGCUAUCUGGAGAUGCUACACCAGCAGCACCACAGCCGGCGAUACCAUCCAGUCCGCACUGUUCGCCGCCACGGGUAAUUCGAGAAGUGCCACCACCUAGGCUGCCUUGCAAGAAGCAGCAGCGCUCCCAGAGCUUGACCCCCGCUCAGGCAAUGGUUGUGUGCAACAUAAAUAAGCAGCAGGAGCAGCAGCAACAGCAGCAUCAAGAAGCAACAAAUGGACAUAGCCUGACACGUUUUCAGACCAUUGCACGCUGUAAUCCCACCAGUGAUUUGCAGCUGCAGCCACAACACGUGGAUAGCAAGUUCACCACUCAAUCUCUGCCGCGUCCGAGCACCUCGGCAGCGCAGGCUUUGCGGCAGCAAGCAGCUGCACGAAUUUGCAAUUUGGCACGCAAUUUCAGCCUGGAUACACCGGAUCGAGCACCCAGCCCACCGCCCAAGCCACGCAAGGAGCCCAUGGCCGCAGUGCUGGCGUAUCAGGCGAGCGGCUCCGACUCGGGCAAUGGAUCGGGAGAUUCGGCGCCUGGCGAUGUCAGCGAGCUGAGCAUACAACGCGGCGGUGUCAUCAUUAAGAAUCCGCGAUUCAUUACCAGCUCCGCCUCCAAUGGUACGCUGAAGAGCUUCACUGAAUUUGAUGCCUUGGCUGCUGAGGAGCAAUUAUUCUCCAUGCCCAUUGAGGACUUCAAGCUGUUCAGCAAAUUUGAUUUUGAGAACUUUGUCACGUUGCUGCUGCCCUCAGUGGAGAACAAGCCACUGGAUGGCGAUGCGCUGAACACUUUCAAGAUGAUGCUGCUGGAAUCUGGACCCAAGCUGCUGGCCGAGCACAUUACACGCAUCGAUAUUGGUUUAUUUCUGGACGUGCCAGUCAAUGAAUUGGAUUGUUAUCUCAAUUGUUCGGGCCUGGAGCUGUUGACGCUACCGCAUGGCAAAGUAUUUCGCCAGGACAUCAUUGAGCGCACGCAGUGCAUCAAGCUAAUGGUUGCUGUCACCAUACUCACCUGUCAAACGGAUCUAGACCGAGCCGAGCUGCUCAGCAAGUGGAUACAAAUUGCGGUGGAAACGAAAACCGCGCUGGGAAAUCUAUUUGGCUUUUGUGCCAUUAUGUUGGGCUUAUGCAUGCCGCAAAUACAAAAACUGGAUCAGGCAUGGCACAUUCUACGCCAAAAGUAUACGGACAGCGCAUUCACAUUCGAGGCCAAGCUGCGUCCCACAUUGAGCAGCAUGAAUGAGGCUUCUAAUCCACAGGCCCCAAAUACGACAGUGCCCCAUGUGCUGCUCUACGCUCUGCUCAUUGACCGGCCCGUGCUGGACAUUAUCAAUCAUGGCAAUAUGGAUGAGCGUCCAGCCCUUUAUAAUACCUGCAUUGAUCCUUGGGAGUCGAAGGCCGAUGAUUUUGGCAUGUCUAUUAACUUUCUGCACUUGGAUGCAUCGCGUGGUUUUCUCAAGAAUUUGGACUUAUAUCGCAAGAAUGCCAAGAUCAUUUUGGAGGAGGCAAGCACAAGGCAAGAUGAACUGCUGUCGGAUGCUUUUCGCACCGAGUUUCACGUAAAGUUCCUUUGGGGCAGUUCGGGAGCCAGCGCCAAGCCCGAGGAUCGACAUGGAAAGCUCGAGAAGGUGCUAACACUGAUGGCUGAUAAGUUUUGCAGCGUCAACUCUUAGUUAUGUAUAAAUAUAACCAAAAGAAAAAAAUGAUCGAUAUUAUAUAGACUCUAGUUUCUAAGCCGAUAAUACCUACCACAAUCAAACUCUGUAUUCACAUAAGUCUCUUCUCUUAUCUAGUCCCUUAAUCCUCCUUUUUAUCAACUCAUCCAUAGUUUCAUCUAUUUCCUUGUGCUGUUUCUACCUCAGCCUAUGUGUGUAUAAUUUUACAUACAAUGAAAAAAUAGAAGCACUUUUGUUACAGUUCAAAUAAUUUAUAAAAAAAAAAAAACAAAACAAAAAAAACCAAAUAUUUAAAAUUUAGUUAAGCCAAGAAAAUUACUUACAAUUGUUAAAGCACUCCUUAACCCAUCAAGUAACAACUUCAAGCUGGAAAUAAUCAAAUUGUACUUACACCAAAUGUAAUCAACUCUCUAAGAGAGUUGGCAAUAUAAAGAUAAAAACCAAAAACAUUGAAGCACACUACCAAAGGCAUUUAUAGUCUAGUACUUAACAAAUAAAUCCAUAUAAUCAA